AUGAUGCAGACACAAGCCCCCAUCGCCAUCAUCGGUGCCGGCCCAGCGGGUCUUACUCUCGCACGGCUCUUGGAAGUUGCCGAGAUACCUUAUGUUGUCUUUGAACGAGAUGUCUCUGCAAAUUGGGCGAAUGAACAUCAGAGCAGCGGUACACUCGAUCUUCACCCUAAUACAGGCCAGGCCGCCCUCCUUGAAGCCGGCUUACUUCCAAAAUUCCAAUCUCUUGCACGCUAUGGUGUUCCGAUUACUAUAGCUGAUGCUCAGGGGAAGAUUCAUUCCUUUCUUUCUCGUGAGGGCGACGAAGACGAGCCAGAGAUCGAUCGAAAGGAUCUACGAGACCUACUUCUCAGCUCUCUUCCACCGUCCAAGAUUCUUUGGGAUCACAAAAUACAAAGGAUCGAGAAAGAAAACAAUGGCUCUGUGACUAUUUAUUUCACGCACCAGGACCCUAAAUCGGGAUUUCGUCUUGUGGUUGGCGCAGACGGUGCUUGGUCUAAAGUUCGGUCGACAAUCAUCUCCUCCAAACCGCAAUACUCCGGUAUUCACUUCUUUUCCUCUUUUAUCAAACCCGAGAACCCCAUCUACCCGCUGGCUGCCUCAAAGGCAGGUACAGGAAGCUUUCUUGCCUUUGGCAAAGAACGGCAAAUCUUUCUGUACUACCUCGGUGAUGGGUCGUACCAUGUCUCCGUGGGUCUGAAGAUUUCCGAGAAAAACAUACCUGACGAAUCUAUACUCGCAAGUGCAUCCACUUUGUGGGAUACCUUUCUGCAGGAAUACUUCACAGGAUGGGCUUCAGACCUCACAAAAUUCGUUCGAUCAUGUGAUGGCAAAUUUCGCUCAUGGCCAUUGUAUACCAUGACUGAGGAUGCAAUCCUAUCCUGGGAUCACGUUCCAAGAGUAACACUUGUUGGCGAUGCCGUGCAUUUGACAGUACCGACCGGAGAUGGAGUUAACAAUGCCAUGCAUGAUAGCGUCAACUUAGCGAGGCAUAUCAUUUUGCUUGGCGUAAAUGACCUGGAAUCAGCAACAUUAGCAUACGAGAAGGAGAUGCGCCCGCGUGCUGUGGCAGCAAUCCAAAAGGGUCACUGGAUGACUCGUCAUAUGUUUCUAGCCAAGGGCCCGGAGGAGAUACUGGCGGCAAUGGGGACAGAUGAUUAG